AUGGAUAUCCCCCAAGGACUUCGAGACAUCAUAAACGCCGGCGAGGUUGACGCAUUCGAAGAUAGGGCACAGACGCACUCCAUUAGCCAGGAAGAACUGGACUCCGCCCUUAUCCAUGCCAUGCCCAGAGCAUCCCUCGGCAUGGUUUCAGCUCUACUUUUCCGCGGCGCUCGACUGAAGGAAUUAUCCUUCCAAUAUGCAAUCAAACGAGGCGAUCCUGCCCUCCUUCAAAUCCUCCUCGACCAUGGCUGGGACAUCAACUCGACAAAGUUUGGGGUCCCAGCGGUCUCGAAGGCACUUGACAAGAGGGAGCUGCUGAAGUGGCUUUUGGAUCAUGGUGCAAAUCCGAACACCCGCUCAGUGCGGCUCCGCGGAUCGGCGGCGAAUGAGCUCACACCGCUGGCAGCGGCCACGUUGAUGAUCGAAACAUUUGGUCUUGAGAUGCUGCUUGCACACGGCGCGGAAAUGGACCACACAGCUCUAUUCGCGGCCAUGUCGACCAGCUACGACCAAUCAAUUCGCGUUGCGCACAUGACAAUACUGAUCGAUCAUGGCGCUGAUGUCAACUACCGGACCGCAAAUUGGGGGACACCUUUGCAUUACGCGGUUCGAAGGAAUAGGAGGGAGGAGUUACGAUUCCUGUUAGAACGAGGCGCAGAUCGCACGAUUCGUAAUCUUCUUGGACGAACCCCAGCGGAACUGGCACUGGAUCGGGGCAAGCUGGAUCUGUUUGCGAUCUUAGAAGGAGACCGUAUUUCUUAA